GAUGUAUUGAAAAUUGAAUGCUCUAAACAUAUUUGUUAUCCCGGUUAUGAAAGCAAGUGGUCGGCGGUUUUCACUGUGAUUGUUAUUAUUGUUUUGAUUAUUAUUACUUUUUUUUUCGUAAACAAUAAUCUAAAUAGUAUUAAAAUAUAUUAUAUUUGAAAAUCAAUGAAAAAGUGAAUAAUACGGUACAACAUGUAAGUAGAAUUAUUACGAUAUUAUAUUAUAAUUAGGAAUGAGAAUUUAACUUAAAUCAUUAAAUAGAAAUCGGAAUGUUAAUAAAUAAUAACUAAUAAGUGGAAUAGGUGUUAAAUCAACUUUUCAGUAGAGCAAAAAUAAACUUAAAACUGAAAACACAUUUACCAUGAUUUAUGUAACUAGUAAGAGUUUUGUAUGUCUACUAGUUAUUCUGUAUUGUUCAACAUAAUUUUUAUAUUUUAAUAUUCAAAACUCCACUGUUUUUUUUAUCGAUUGAUGAAAAUUAAUGUGACUUAACUUAAUAAGCACAUUAAUCUCAGUUAAAUAUGUUUUUAAGGACUUAACUUAACUGUUAUUAGAUUUAGGAAACGCAUAAUAUAGUUAGUUAACUUAACUUUUUUUACACAGGACAUUUGAAAAAUGCAUUAUAGUAUAUGUCACUGCAAUGUAUGUAACAUAAAUUAAAAUUUUAAAACUCACGAAAAACGGAAAUAUACGACUGAUAAUACUCUAUUCAGAAUCGUUUUUCGUUAGCAAUAUUUUAUCGUUGCAUGCAGAUGUAAAUUAAAUCACCUACUCUGUAUAUUUUUCUUUUCAACUUCCUUCUUAUAACAGUGGCACACCAUCUUACCCAUCAACUCAUCUCUUUUUUUUUUCACAAACACUUUUUUCAACACUUUUUCUACCGGAAAGCUUACUCUGAUAUUUUCUGAAAGGAAAUUCUUGGGGUGGUACUUAAAGGAGAUAAUUUUUUGGUUUUUCCAGGAGUUUUCUCAACAAAUAUGAAAAACCGAAAAAAAAAAAAAACUGAGGAAAAAUGGAAAAAUUAACAAAAUGUAGGUACCAGUUCAAAAACAUAACGGCCUUAUUUUUUUCCUGCACACAUUUUUCUGCUAGCAAUUUAUCAUCCAUCCCAGCCAGAUUUUCUUUCAGAAAAAGUGCUAUACUUGAAAAUCGGAGCAAGAUUUCUGGUAGAAAAGUUCUUCACUGUUAAAAAAAAAUAAAUAUCAUUGUAAAACCAAUAUAUUCCCGUUCUGCUCAGAAUCAUUAUAUUCAAUUAGACUAAAAGACAAAGUAAUAACUAGUAGUUAACAAACAUCUCAUUGAGAGGUACUAAUAAAAGUGUGAAAAAGGAUCUUGAAACGGGUGGCAAACUUUGAAAUUAAUCAAUGAGAACAGCAUUAGAGAAUCUGUUUAGUGUUUAAUCAAACAAUAAAAAUAUAAAACCCAUUCAUGUACUAUAGGUAUCUAUUUAGAAUGUAAAAUAAAUAUUUAACAAAAAUUAAUACGAUUUAAACAUAUUAUUAUUAUUAUGUCUUUCGAGUGGAAAUAAAAUAAUACACAUUCGAGUGAUAUCUUUCGUUAAAAAAAAAACCACGCUAAAUUUUUCGGUAAAUACAGAAAUCAUACGUAGGGCAUUGAACUUUCUGUGUUCUAAUUUUUUUACGAACGCAAUAAUCAACACAUUAUUACAAAUAUUUAUUUCAUCUGAAAUAAUCUGUAUUUUUAGGUUUCUUUCUCAGGCGUUUUAUAUAGUAAAGUGAGUGUACCUGUAUACCUACAGGUUAGGUAUAUCUGCAGGUGUGAUUCUUCUUUCAUGAUCUAGUAACUUUCUCGGAAGAUUUUAAGUAAAUUCGAUUUCUGUUAUAUCCAAUCAUUAUACAUUAUACAUUGGUACAGCCACUGCUGUUAUAGAUAAUUUAAUGUAUUACCUGUAAGUAACGAUAAACCAUUGCUUAUGAAAAAACUGUUCUGAGCGGAGAACAGUUAAUAAUGAUGCUUUGUCAACAAUAUAUGUCAUUUUAUAGUAAAAUAAUUAAACAAGCUUAAUACAUUUUCUUUAAUAAUAUAUUUGUUUAAUGUUGUACCGAUUUUCCAAGUUUUCCUACAUUUUUCCCGGUUUUCCCAUGUUUUAUCCGGGUUUUUCACAUUUGCUGGAUAACUCUUAGGAAAAUCGAAAGUACUUAAGUACUUUACUCCCUAAAGUACCUUCCCAAUUUCUUUUCAGAAAAAUUUCUAUCAUCGUAAAUUGGAGCAAAAUUUAUGGCAGAAAAGUUGUGCACAGAAAAUAAGAAGGCAGUAGGAUUAACAUCUUUAUAAAACUAUAACCUUUUUCACUCCACUCAGAAUCUAAAAUGUACUCCACCUUUAAGGUAUACCUUAAAUGAUUUUGUAUUAACUUUUGAUUUUGAAAUGCCUCUUUUCAACAUAAAUUUAAGAAACAUACUUCCAACGAUGAGAUGGGUGGGCCACUGUUGUAGAUGAAAAGUUGUAAAGGUAUGAUAUAAAUGAGAAUUUAAUGUAUAUCUACGAUUAAUUAUUGCUGAUGAAAAACGAUUUUGAGUGGAAUUCAGUUAUAUACAUGUUUUGAAGGACAGUAAUAUUUAAGAUUUUCGUCAGAAUUUGGUAUUAAAAUAUUUAAAAAAAAAAUUCUAUAUUGCACUUAUUUUGUUUAGAUUCUGAGUGCAGCAAGGAAUGUAUUAGUUUUACAAUGAUGUUUAUUAUUUUUUUCUAAGGACAACAAAUUUUCUACCAGCAAUUUUGGUCCGAUUUACAAUUAUAGCACUUUUUUUGAAAAGAUAAGGUGGUAAUAUUUGAUUUUCCCAGGAAUUUUCCCAAUAAAGGGGAAAAACAUGGGAAGAACCGGAAAAAUAAAUACAAUAUUAAACAAAUAUUAUUAAAGAAAAUAUAAUAUACAUAUAUACAAUUAUUUUACCAUAAUGUGACAUAUAUAUUGUUGAUAAAACAACAGUAUUAACCGAACUCCGCUCAGAAUCGUUUUUCGUUAACAAUGGUUCAUCUUUUGGUACAGAUAUACAUUAAAUUUCCCCUCUACCUUCCCAACUUCUCAUCUACAACAGUGGCCCACCUAUGUGAGAAGUAUAUCAGUUUUUUUUUUAACCAUAAAGUACGACUAAUUAUAAACCUCCUUUAAAAUGUUCAAGCAUUUCGGUUUGGUCUAGUAAUUUUAUUCACAAAGUGCCUGCCGAAUAAAAAUUACAUAAAAAAACUCGCAAAAUUAAAAUGCCUAUAAAAAAGUUCAAACUAGUUAAAAUGUUUUAACAAUUUACCACGUCUAUAAAAGAUAAAUAUAAGUUUUCUGUUCUAAUUACAAGUCUCUAUAAAUAUUUUUAACAGAAUAACAAUAAAAAACAAAAUUUAAAAUAAUAUAUUUCGUAAAAUUUUCAAAUUAUUAUGAAAAUUGCUUGGAAAAUCAAAAAAUGACUUGCUCGUAGUUAUUACACUUGAAAAUCUGAUCGAAAUUACAGGUAGAAGUUGUUCACAGAAAAAAUAAAUAAAUAAACGUUAAUGUAAAACCAAUAAAUUCCACGCUUUGCUCAGAAUCUAAAAAAAUAUUAUGAAUAAUAUUAUUUAUGAAUUUACUGUUUAUCAAUUAUUAAGUAUAAUAGUUUAGAAUUUAGACCGGAGAAAUAGAGGUGGGUAAUAAAUUGAUCAUAAUAAUGGUGUAAUCGGUUGUAAUGUAACAGAAUCACUAUGUAUUAUGGUAAAAUAUUUUUCAGACAAACGUUGUAUAGGAAUUCACACAAAUUCCACAUCAUAUUAAUUUAAGUUUUGUUGGAGAAUUUGUUAUAUUUAAUUCAGUGGCUUAUAAUUAUUAUUAUUGUUAUUUAUUUAUUUUUAUUUUUUUAGUUUUAUUAGUUUAUCGGUUUUUGUGUACCGCUAUCGUCAACAUUUCCGCUUCAAAACGGAACCCAACAAAUAGAUCAAGGGUUAUUCUUAUCACGCAGACCAUAUACAAAUAAUAUUAAAAUAAAUGUCUAUAAUAUAUAUGUGUGUGUAUAUGAAUGUGAACAUAUUAUUAUAUUGUGUAAAUAAUUUUAUAUUUCAUUCGGGGGACGAUGAAACUGCGGUUUACUCGGAUGUGAAAUGUGUAUACAUAUAAAACACGCAGACGUCGUUUUAGUCGCACACAGCGCGCACUGAAAUUAUUUCAUCGAAAUUAUUAUUAUAAUAUAUUAAUAUAGACACCUAUAUUUUUUUUAUAAACUUAUACUUAGCUUAGAUAUUUUACAGCGAAAAUGUGGCCGAAAACCGUCACCGUUGCUACGUGCCUGUGGCUGUUGACCUCCAACGACUUCCGUUUAUCGUCGGCUUCUAAAGACGCCACGUAAGUAUAAUAUACCUAUAUUAAAUUUAAAUUCAUUGAUUUAUCUAUUAAAAGUUAAAUGUUUCACGCUAUCUAAUCUGUUCGAUAUGGUUACACUGACCGCCUCUGACCGUAUACGCAUGAGCAUGCGCACGGGGUGUGCAGGGUGGGUAGCUGCACACCCUGCAAACAAUUGUGUCUCCUUUAAAUUUUUGAUUUAUUUGUAAAUAUUAUAGUUUUUAAUUGUAAUUAAAAUGUAUAAUAAAUCUAAUAUAGGUAUAAAUAAUAAAAAAAAUGUUGUGUAUAUUAAAAACUGAUAACCCAUCAGUCAUUAGCAUUGUUUGUUUUAAAAAGUUAGUCUGUAUACUAAAGUGUUAAAGCGUCGUACUGUCGUGAUUGCAUUGGUGUAUACUGGUAUUUCAAUUCAAUUCAAUUUUUUGUGUAAAAUAGUCACAUGUAAAUUAAUAAUUGUUUUUAAAUUAUAAACAAAUACGGGCCAAAAAUAAAAAUUUUAAACAAUGAUAUUAAAUUAAUAUUUAAUAUUCUUCUUUUCGUUAUUAAUGCAACAAUGUAUACAAAUAAAAAUUAUAAACUAAAUUUGAAUUAUUGCAAUAUAGAGACAAUUAUCUUACUGGAUUGUAGUAGAGUCCUUACAAAAAAUUAUUUUGUACACUCCACGAAAAUUCCUGCGCACGCCUGUGUAUACGCGAUAUGCUGCAAAUGCCUGUACCAACUGUAACUAUACACUUUUGAUUUUUACAAUUAAUGUAAAAAUUACAAAUUACACCGAUCCGAUUAAAAAUACGUAGACGUUUAAUACAUUUUUAACGAUUUACUGAAUUUUAAAGCGUCCCAAGCGGGUAAAACUAAAAAACAAUUCUAACAAAUAACACUUGUCCUUCGAAAAUAUUACAGUUUUGUUUAGAGGUACUAAAAGUAUAUUUCGACACCCUCCAAUCAUUUAUUACUUUGUCUUCUUUGAUUUAUUUUUUUAUUUAAAUGUUAAAAGUGUAGAUCUAUAUUUUCAAAAUUAAAUAUAUUUAUAUACUUAAAAAUUAUUAGAAAUUGACUCAAGCCUAUAUUAUCUGGUAUCAAAUAUUUAUUAUAAUAAAAAUGUACGCGACAAUAAUUAUGAUGUAUAUAUAGGUACGAAGAUAUCAGGACGGCCAUAUAUUCGUUUGCACACUCGUUACGCGACAAUGUGGACAAACUGGAGCGACACGAACGCCGCGAAAUACAGUCAGGCGACAAAAUGCAAAAUAUGCUGUUGACGAUCGUGAACAAGCAGAUUCAACAGAAAGCCGACUAUCAAGCCCUGGAAACCGCCAUCAAAGACUUGGGGCACAAUGUGGACGUACUGACGAACGCGGAAAAAGAUGAGGUAUAAACGACGAAAAUCGUUACCUAUUAAUAAUUUCAUAUUUAUUAUAUUAAUAUAUUAUUAUUUUUUUCGCUUGAUAAUAUUUAAUAGUUUAAAAAUUCGUAUACGAAGAUAAUUUAAAGUAAUAUUACGAGUAUAUUACCUCAUGUUUUUUGACCGGGGUUGUAAACUAAAAAACAUGUGUUUUCAACUAAAGCAAUAGGUAUUAUAGGUACCAUUUAAUUUUAAUCUCUAUACUAAGAUAGGACAUUUUUGUUGGCCCAUCGAAUUUUAGGAUUCACAUCAGCCUGAAAUCAGUGCAGCGCAUCAGAAGAUGGCUGCAUGGUGUUAACUAAUAUCUUUUGAAAAUGAAUCGUAUAUAAUAGUUAUUUCUACCACGGUUCCUAUUCAAACCCUAUUCGACCCUACUAUUAUCCUAUUUAAACUAAAAAAUUAAUGAACUUUAAAAAAUCAUGGAGCAAAAUAAAGUAUUAACAAAAAAACCUAUUUAAAACUUGCCCCGAUUUAUGGUAGUUUUAUAUUUGACACCUUCCUGAAAUAUUCACAUUGGCAGACAUUUUUUAUAAUUUUAGAGCGGUCUGAUAUUUUAAAAUACUUAAUUGUUAUUACAAUACUUUGUUAUAUUUUCAAAGUCACUCUAUGUAAAAAUCAUCUUAUCUAACACCAUGAAAAACCAUGAAACUGAUGAUUUAUUUUAGACAUUCUAUAUUGGCUAUACGAUACAUAUACGAGUAAGUAUAUAAUCUGUAAGUAAGUAUACAUUAUGUAUUAGUACUUUUGAACUGUCACUUAAGCAAUUUUAAAAAGAGUUUCUACUGGGACGAGUGUGCCACUGCUGUAGGUGGGAAGUUGAGAAAGUAGAAUACAUGUAGUUAUUUAAUUUAUAUUUGUAAGCUCGUUGCUUACAAAUAUAAACUAUUGUAAAUAAAAAACAAUUCGGAACGAAAUUCGGGUAUACGUGUUUUGAAAGGCCAUAAUAUUUACGAAUUUUUAACGAUAGGUAGCUUUUUUUAACCACCGCGUACAAUCUAUAAGGAAUAUCCUGUUAAAUUUCCAAGCAUUUCUGUUUGGUCAAACAAUUUUACCCACAAAGUAAAUCUACCAAAUAAAAUCAAUAUAAAAUUCUCGGAAAUAUAAAAUGCUUAUAAAUAGGUCAAACAUUGCCAAAAUAUUUUGAAAAUUUUACCACGUCUAUAAAAAAAAAAUAUAAGUUUCCUAUCAAAAUUUCAAGUCUCUACGAAUUUUUUAACUCAAUUACAUUGGUAAUUUGUUACAAUCGGUAACGCCGCGGUGUGCCAUAAAUAUUUUCCGUUUAACCGAUCAUUUUUUCCGGUUUUUUCCAAUUAUUAUGAAAACCCUUUGGAAAAUCAAAAAAAUUACUUCAUCACAUCAAUAUAAAUAAACUAAUAUAAAAUUGUAUUUUAGAUAAUUUUAUAAGAAUUAUAAAGAAAAACAAAUGUACAAAAUAUUUCUUUGCAGUUACAUUAAAUAUAUUUCAUAUUUUUUAAAAAAAAUAUGUAAAAUUGUACAAUGUACCUUAUGUAGAGCGAUUUUUUUUUUUUGUAAAAUUUUACCGUUUUUAUUCAUGCACCUACUAUAUUUUAAUUGAAAGUUAAAUAGGGAAAGUUACACCUAACCCAUAUAUAUUUAUAGUAAUUUAAACUACUACCCUGAUCUGUCGCGAAAAAUUGUCCACCCUUCAGCAAAUAUAAUGCCACCCCUAAAAGUAAAAUAUAUAGUACACAAUUUUAAUAUAUUAUUAAUAUAUAAUGAAUAAUAACAGUUGAAUUUGAUUGUUGAAUUCUUGUAGAUUUCAAUAAAAAUGUUGUGAAAUUUCCUACUCGUUUAUCAAUAUAUUUUUGUUUAGCUUCUCUAUUUUUUUUUUAUUUUAUCCCAGAGAAUCGUUUCCGUGAUGCCAUAAUUAAUAUAAGAAUAUAUUUUUAAAUAAUGGCCCUAAUAAUUUUAUUAGUCUAAAAAUGAGCAUGAACCCAUGAUAAAUGUGUAAUAUAGUAAAUAUAAUACAGUGGAAAGUGCGCGGGAGGCAUGAGUUUCCCUCAUUUGGUUGAAAAAAUAUCUUCCAUAAAAUAAUUGUGUGAGAGCAUAAGACACUUUUUAGAUUCUGAGUGGAGCGAGUGGUUUUACAAAGAUGUUUAUUUUUUUUUUUUAUCUGUAAGCAAUUUUUUUACCAGAAGACUUGCUGGGAUUUCUAAGUGUAGCACAUUUUUUGAAAGGAAAUCGGUGUGGGGAGGUACUUUAAGUAGGUAAUUUUUCGAUUUUCUCAAGAGUUUUCCCGGCAAAUGUGAAAACCAGGAAAAACGUAAAAAAAACCUGGAAAAUCGGUACAACAUUAAACAAAUAUUAUUAAAGAAAAUAUUUAAAGCCUAUUUAACUAUUUUACUAUAAAAUGACAUAUAUUCUUGACAAAGCAUCACAAUCAAUUUAACUCCGCUCAGAAUCUUUUUUUUGUAAGCAACGAUUUAUUGUUGCUUUGUUGCUUACAGGUAUACAUUAAAUUACCUAUACAAAUGGCUGCACUCGUCCCUAUUAUCCUAGGCCUUUUUUUUAUAUCUGGAAUCACCGACCAGUGGCCUGUGAAAGAAGUGUAUGUGCCGUAUGGUAAAUUUAAACCUUAUAAAUUUCAUGAAAUUUAAUACCUAUAAAUUGAAUCUAUUGUGAUUAAUAUUUAUAUUAAAUCUAAAAAUAAAUAUUAUAUUCAAACAGUUAUCAUCGUAAUCGAAAUGUAAUAUUGUACACGUCAUAAGAUUACAAUGUGGGGGCGGUAAAAUAUUGGAAUAUAAUAUAUAUAUAUAUACAGGGUGAUUUUUUUAUCAUUUUUUUACCGUAGAUAAUUGUUGGUUCAUGAUAAAAAAAUCACUCUGUAUACAUAUAUUAUUAUAUAUAUUUUUCCAACCAAAUGUGGUUUAAAUAAAGUACGGCUCCGACAAAACACUAGAUUGGUUAGGCAUAAAAGCGAUUGACAUAAAAUAAUAACAAUAUAUAAUACGCUAUUAAAUAAGAUGAUAGGAUAGAUACCUACCUACCUACUCUAAACACUCAUUGCUCUUACAUUACUUGUAUUGUUUUGAAACUUGUUUUCAUCUUUCGGAUUUAUUAAUGAUUGUCAACCAAUGAUUUGUUGGGUUUUAUUAAAUUUAUUAGUUGUGAAACUUAAUACAACAAAUAUUCUAUCAUAGAAAAAGCCACCUCAGUUUCAUUGAAUAUAUUUCCACCCUUAGGCAAUGGCCUAACCUGAUUUUUCCCUUAUGACGGGCCUGCUACUACCCUAUUUCAUUACCCGAAAUUUUACGAACCAGAUAAAAUGGAUAAAUUGAUUUAUGUUAUACCUAUAUUAGUUUGUCGAAUCAAUAACGAGUUUUCGAUUUAUGAUCUAUAUUAUGCGUGUUGACAUUAAACUACGAACAUUAGGAUAUACUUAUUAUAUUUUAAUUCGUACGUUAAACCGGCGCACGUGUAAUAGAGAUUAAGUAUCCUCUGCAUAUCUUUCGAUUUCAUAUAAACCAUAUUUACAGAGUAAUUUGUAUUGAACGCUCAAUCAAUUUGUAUCGUUAAAUUGUGUAUGUAUUUAAAUUCUUAUUUUUUGAAUUCUUAAGUGUAUAAUUAAAAUUUAUAUUUUCGAAUAUUUGAAUAUUUGUCGCUCCACUCAGAAUCUAAAAUGAAGUGAGCAUGCUUAAUGAACCAUCCUGCAUACAUAAAUAUAUCUAAAUAUAAAUGUAUUAAUAUUUACACAAGUAUAACCUUGAGUCCAGGUUAAGGGGAAAGGCCAUGACCCCUGGACAAUAAAAUUACAAGGGCCCUACAUUUUUCAUAGUGUGUUCUUUAUCUUUGCAUUUAAUUGCUAACUUAUAGUAUUUGUUGAUAUUUUAUUACUUUUAAUAUUUUUUCCAUUACCUGAUGAUGUCUAGUGGAUAAAGUACUAGUAAGCUUUUUAUAAUAUUUAUUUAUUUAUAAAAUAGGUGUGGCUUUUGAGUUAACAUAUAUUAUUUCUACUUUAUUUAUUAUAAUUAAUUAUUUUGUUAAAACAUAUUGACAUAAUGAGUACCUUUUAAUUUUUAAUAUAUUUUUUUUUUAUUAUUAUUCUUAUUGAGGACCUCAUUGAAAAGUUUAUUCCCGGGGCUUUUAUAAAUGUAUUAAUCAAGGGUUUAUUUAACCGGCAACUUAUACACUUAUUAACAAUAACAUAUUCUGCUAUUCUGGAUCUUUCCAUCACAUAGUUUGUUAGAGAAAAAACCCGGAAAUGUUAGUGUUUUAUAAUCACGUAAUUUUGUUCAAUUUUUUUCAACUAGAAUAAAUAAUAAUCUAAAUUGUGUACAUCAAAAAUAACAUUCCCAUGUACAGCUAUGUUUCGUCCGAAUAUUAUAUUUCUUAUAAAGUUAUAAAAGAAUAAUAUAUAUAUACCUCUAAUUUCCUAUCUCUAAUUUGUUUCAAUAUCCAAAUAUAUUUAAUAUUACUUAAACAUCUCACAGGUAUCUGAAAACCAUCAUUGUGUGCUUAUUGUCCGAUAUAGUGUUUUGAAAAUUAAAAUUAAGAUUAUAUAAUUUUAUUUUCAGGUCACCAGUACAAUCAGCGUGAAAUCCAUGUUGAAUAACAUAGACAAUCGUAUCGUUAAUGGGGAGGCUGAGUUAAUGUCAAUAUUGAUAACGCAACAAAAGUCUGCGGAUGAAUCGCGUCAGUUAUUAGACACCAAGCUAGCUGCAAUGUCAGAGCAAAUCAUUGCGUUACAGUCUCGGUUCGAAGCUAUAGAACAGGCCCCCAAGGCCAAGGUGUCGAAUGACGUCAUUUUCGAACUGAUGCAAAAGAUUUCGGCCGACCAGCAGAGCUUCUUAAUAGCCAGCCAGACGUCCGGACCGAGUAAUGAUACAUCCCAGAUGGUACAAGAGGCCAAGCACGCGGUGGUGGAGACGAUCAAUGUGUUGUCCACGAAAUUGGACGACGACAAACGGAGACGCGAGGCGUUCGAGACCAAGCUAAUCGGGGCUGUAGAAUCGACGAAAGCGUUCCAGGACGAUGUGCAGAACAGCUUCCAGCUGAUGUCGGAAGAGGUGAGGACGUUGUCGGACGUGCAGAAGACGCUGGCACAGACGUCCGAUAACGUGAUGGACGCCAAGCGAAGGAUCGAGUACAGCACUCACCAGAUACUAACAGAGGUGACAAGCGUAGUCAACGAAAGGUCAAAGGAGCUGAAUGAUUCGGUUAACGCCGGCAUUGAACGGGCGAUGAAGGCGGUGCUGGAUGCGCAAACCACAGGUAUGGCUAACGUCAGCUUGAAAAUCGAGAUGGAAAUCAGCCAAGUAUGGAGGCAGAUCGGCAUCAUGUACCAGACGUUGACGGAUUCGGCGUCCACAUUAGCCACACUUCAAAAGCAGACGGACACGUUUGUCAACAGCACGGCCACGUCGGUGGAUGGCAUGAACAACAAGGUAUCCGCCAUCGCCGGGCGUAUGUCCGAGGUAGAUGACAACCUCAACUAUUUGCUGGGUCGACUAUCCUUGGUCACGCAGGAAUUCAAGGAAAUUAAAGUGGGCCUGGGGGAGGCACUGGAGAACAUCCGGAUAGGUUUGGAAACGGUCCAGGGAAGCAAAAAAGCCGUGGAUCUAGGACCGGGCCCGAACCCGAUCGACGAGGAACCACUGUCCGAGAACAUCAACCCACACAUACUGUCCAAAACCGUAUACACCGUGUCUUAGUUAACAGUUAACAUCAAGCGUAUCCAUUGCAUUAUUUGCAACACCCUAUACUAUACCUAAUCAUCAUCGUAGGUACUGCAGAUUUCCCAAUUGCAUCUAUCAUAUAUUUAACAAUACUAAACACUUUAAGUACAAUAGUGUUCGAACAUAUCAUUUUGUAUUUAUUUAUUUUUUACAGUAUCUGUAUUAAUAUAGCAUAGGUAUUCUACAAAAGUUGUUCUGUCAAUCUGUUCAAUUUUAUACUUCAAAUUUUUUUUACAAAUAUAAGUAGGUACCUAAUUGCCCACUGGCCACUAAUCGAUUUCAGUUGAUAAAUACAAUUAUAGUUUGUUAUAUUUUGUGGAUUAUUGUGUAAAAUAAAAUCAUUUAUAAUCUAAAUAUACACGAAUUUCGACAAAAUAUAAUUAAGUAUAAUGCCAAUAUACCGCAAUGAUUCUAAUUUAGCUCUUGAGCAAUUUUUUUUUCAAAUUGUAUGUUUUUACAUGUGAACUAAGAAUGUAAAAAAAGUUGGACAAACUUCGUUGAAUCGGUGAAAAAAUAUAAAAGUUCGGGUUUUUCCGUAACGCUAUUUUUUUUUUUUUUUAAAUAAUACUUUAAUAAUAAUUAAUAUUUGUAAUAAAAAAG